AUGACAUCUCAUCGAUGUCAAACAUUAUCAUUAGCCGAGAAUGUGAUUAAACAACACUUUGAAGAAUUACAUCAAUAUCUUGUAAUUGCCUAUGUUGAAUGA